CCGAGUACUGUGACAGGGGUCUGGCUACGCGAGACUAGGUGUCGAGAACAGUCCCCUACCGUCAUCGGGAAGAUUUUCUUUUUCACCUCGUUGUAGCUGCGAUUGGUGUGUUUGCGAGUUGAGAGUGUUAGAAUAUUUAGAGGUUCUGGCCAUUUCACUGAAGGAAAAAAGAAUUGUGUGAAGUGGUGGGGAAGGUGGAGUUCAGUCAUUAACGUGUCUUUUAGAGAUGGGAAAUCAAAUCAGUGGACAGAAAAAGGAAUUGUGUGAAGCAGUGGAGAAAGGUGAUAUUCAGUCAGUAACGCGUCUUUUGGAGAUGCAAGUUGACAUCAAUACACGUGAUGAGGAUGGGGACACUCUUCUGAUAAAAGCAUGUUGGAAGAAGAACAAGGAGAUGGUUGAGUUUCUACUCGCUAAAUCAGUGGAUGUUAAUGGGACUGACUGGAGGGGAUGUACGGCUUUGAUUGUAUCUGCAUUCAUUGGAUCAGAAGAGAUCACUGAUCUGUUACUGAAUGUCAAAGAUAUUGAUGUGAUGAAGAAAGAUGAUAUUUUGGGAAUCACAGCCAUCCAUUAUGCUGCACAGAAUAAUCACGUGACCAUUGUAGAGAGACUUUCGUCUUGUUCUGUUCCUGUUGAUAUCAAUGAUAAUGAUGGUUGUACACCACUGUGGUGGGCUGCCAUGGAUGGUCAUGUGCGUUGCGUUGAUGUUCUUCUAAAACAUGGAGCGAGUCCCCAACAUGAGAAUAAGUAUGGUGGAUCACCACUGGAGAUUGCCAAGCAAUGGGGUCGCAGUGAUGUGGUUGAGAUGAUGGAAGAAGCCAUAAGAUUGAGAUCUGAUGUCUAUGUGGAGAGAGACAUGUCUAUCAUGAGACAUCAAUAUGAAGAGAAAAUUGCUGAACUGCAGAGUGAAGUGGAGAAGAAGACAGAAGAAUUAAGACAAUCAUCUCUGGUUCAUGAGAUUGAAGUGACGACUUUGAGAAACGAAAUCCAAGAGAAAGAGAAGGAAAUACGACGUCUCAGAAUGUCAGCAGCUGAUAGAGUAGGACAAGCACACACAUUGUUCACAUGGUUUUAA